AUGAAGCGCCUGAACGUCGGACGGGCGAGUCGGCGCACGAAACAAAUGCGAAGACUGUGGACAAAGGUGCACCGCGGCAACCGGUUGGGGACGGCGGACGGCGACGUGCUGACGAAUCAUCUCGGAUUGUGCCUCCAGUUGGCGUUCACGGCGCAAAGUAGGGGUGCAAGUGGUGACGCUAGCGGUGGUGGUGAGGCGGCGGAGGAAACGGUGAAGCGGGAAGUGUAUGCGGUGAAGAAGAUGGAGAUGGCGAACGGGGAGCUGCUGCCGAAUUUCUCGUACACGGUGGAGGCGCCGAAGAAGUUCGAGGAGUUGAGGUUGUUGUGGGGAAUGGAUGCGCACUCGUACAGGAGUGCGUUCGCGAUUCCGGAUGUAAGGACGGUUUGUGAUGACGUACAGACUCAGAACGGCGAGAUCCGCGGGAACAUGCGCACGGAAACUGGGAAGUUGGAGGCGACGUCGACGUCGUUGCGGGUGAUUUCGCAGGCGCUCGCGAGCGGCAAGUCGAGGAGUUGGUUCUUUUGUAGCGAAGACGGCACACUGCUGGUGAAGACGUGCAACGUAGCGGAAAAACGGACGCUACUGAAAAUGUUGCCUGAAUACACUGAGUACGUGAGAGAAAACAGCACGGUGAGCAUGCUGCCGCAAUUUUAUGGAUUGUACACGAUUAAAUUCAACGGCACGCGGCCGUUGUCCUUCAUCGUAAUGAAUUAUUGGUUCGCGUCGACGAAAAUCAUUCAGAAGAGGUUUGAUCUCAAAGGUAGCACGUUCGGUCGGCGCGCAAGCGCGCGCGAGCUCGCCAAGGGCUCGGUGUGUAUUUAUAAAGACAACGAUUUUCGCGAGGAGGACGCCGUGCACACGCGACAUUCGCAAAAUAUUUGCGACGUAUUGAAGAAGGACAGCGAGUUUCUUGCCAAGAGAAAUCUCAUAGACUAUUCACUAGUAUUCGGCGAGUACCAAGCGGUGACGCCAACAGAUAUUUUCGAGGCUAACAAGGCGUUUGAAGAGUUUGAGACGGAUCAUGCGGAUUGGAAGGACCAGCGCGCCGCCGCCGUCGCCGUCGCCGAAUCCGACGAAGGCAAGAGCGACACGAAUAGCUUGGCGGACAGCGAUGCCGUAUCCGAAAAAAGCGAAGAGUUCUUGAUGUUGGAAAAAGCCUCGAUGUUCACUCCAUUCUUGCACGACGUCGCGCGCUUGAACCAGUUGCGCAUGGUGAACAAACCCAAGGGCGCGGUGUUUUGCGGCAUCAUCGACAUCUUGACUGAGUGGGGACCGAGGAAGAAGUUGGAGCGAUUUUUCACCAGCCAAAUUUGCUGCGGUCGGGACGUUUCGUGUCAACGACCCGAUGUCUACGCGAAGCGAUUCAGCGCUUUCAUGAAUCAGAAUGUCUUCCUCCCCGCGAUUGAGCGCGCAACUGCAGACGACGUCGGGUUCACGCUCGCGGAGCGCUGA